AUGGACGAGCUCAAUGCAAUGUCCUUGGAGGAAUCACGGCGUUCGCAGCGUCCGUACAGGUACGGGAUGGUUCUCCUUUGCGUUGGAGCACUGAUAAACUGGUUAGGCCUCGCGGAGAACUACGUCGAACCGGUACGAUAUGUCGGUGUUGCUUGCAUAAUCGCAGGCGCUCUUCUCAUAUGUGCCGCAAUGUGUUGUUGGCUGCACGCACCGCCAAGUAGGGCAACCAUGCACACACAACACACAAAUCAUCCGAUCACAGCACAGAUCGACGAUCCGAUUCACGUAAUUUCUAUCGAGGAACCAUCUAGUGGAUCCAGACAGAAGCCACCAGACUACGAGGCGGUUACAGACGCGCCACCUAGCUACGAUGAUGCCAUCAAGCUAAAUCCUAGUCAUCUACUUAGGCCGAACAACAGCGGAACGUUGCCAACUGUGCACAACAUGGUUCCUAGAACCGUGGAGAUUGUUGCUAGGGACCCGAACCCAUCACCGCCGCCACCGUACGCGAGGUGAGAUCUUUGGCAUCAGAAAUUAUGAUCGCAACAAAAGAGGCUUGCGGCGUGCUGGAGGUCCAGCGUAUUGCAAUACAAUUAAGAACUAACCAAGUACAAAAGUGCGACGAGGGUGAGAGGACUCUGUCAUUUGUUAUAUAGCUGCCACAGCACGGCCAAUAUGGGAAUACACUCGAAGUACCACUUACGGUGAACAAUUUGUUCGUUGUAAAACUGGACCUCGUUCAAGUAGGCUAAAAACAUUUGUGUUCAAGAAUCAAACGGACAGUCCUCCAAACGGGACACCGCUUUUGUUACUGAAUCAACCGCCAACGACACAAUCGAAAGUAGGAUCGAAGAUGGAACGUAAUUACGUUGAUCGAUGGAUUCUGAAUUCUGUAAUGUGGAUGAAGAAUAUUGCAAGAAAAUGAAGAACGAAGAGAGAGAGAGAGAGAAAGAGAGAGUCAGUGGAAACGUGACGAACAUUGUGCCUUCCGCAAAACGCCUCGUUCGAGACGCACGAGCCUAAAUGUGUGCACGAAAUACUCAUGACUCUAUAAGAAGUUCCAGAACUGUCGUAAUUUAGAGCAGACUUGCCUACAAAACCCCGUACGAGCAUGAUUAUCGAUUUCGUCUGGCUAAUUUAGAGCGAGUCUAAAAUAGCAAACACAAGUCGUCGAUAAACAGUGUGAAUUCGUACGUUUAUAUGUACAUCCGUACACGUUCUAAACGUGAAGGAUAGCGUUUACUAUUUGUCGAGGAAUUCAAGGAGAUACGAACGAGAAGAAGAAGAAGAAGGAGGGGGAAAAAAGUAGGAGUCCUAAAAAUCGGAAUUAGAAACGUUCCGAAUUUCAUCACUUAGACAAUCGCGCGGCUUAUUAGAAGAAAUACUAUUUGCUUGCCAUAUGAUUUCGAUGAUUGUCAUUUUACACGUGUACA